UCAAAACAUUAGGAUACGAUCAGAAAAUUUGUAAAUUUGCUCGAUAUAGAUUGAGUGUAUAAUUAGCCAAAAAUAAUGGCUCGAAUCCUUCACCGUUUUCUCCCAGCUGCGGAAACGGAUAUUGAAAUUGAAACUGGGAGUGCUGAUGAGUUAUCUUAUACAGCCGCUUCUAUGCAAGGCUGGAGGAAGAACCAAGAAGAUAGGUACAUAUGUUUGCCUAAUUUUUAUGAAAACAGCUGCUACUUUGGAGUGUUUGAUGGCCACGGAGGAUUUGUGGUAGCAGAAUUUCUGAAACGCCGAUUGCAUGUUGAAAUCAAGUAUUUUUUAAGAGAUGGCCAAGAUACAGAAACCGCUCUGCAUUCUGGAUUUCUUACAUGUGAUUCAAGUAUGAGGACACCUGAAACGAUUGACGAAUUAAACAGCAUUAUUGAAGAACACUUUGGUUCUUCUUCUGAUGAUGAUGAUGACGAAGAUUCAUCGAGUUCCGACAGUGACGAAGAAAUACGACAGCCUGCCUUUGCCUGUGGUUCAACGGCUACUGUAGCCAUCAUAGAAAAUAACACCAUCUAUGUCGCCAAUGUUGGUGACUCUAGAUGUGUGUUAUCUCGUGAUAGAAUAGCUAUCGAUCUUUCUAAAGAUCAUCGCCCUGAUGAUCUGGAAGAAAGAAUUCGGAUCACCAACGCUGGUGGUACUGUGAGCCAGGAUGGACGAAUAAACGGUAGUUUAAAUUUGUCCCGCGGAUUUGGCGAUUUCCGCUUCAAAAGCACCUGCGACACAACACAACAGAUGCUUAGUGUCGAACCUUUCAUAAAAUCCAUUGCUAUAGAAGAAAACGAUGAAUUUCUCAUAAUUGCUUCUGAUGGAAUAUGGAAUUCCAUGGGGAGCCAAGAUGUCGUCGAUUUUGUCACCGAGAGAUUUCAAGAUGAAGAGUGUGAUUUGGAGGAAAUUUGUAAAAACAUCUUUCAUCUUAAUUUGUCACCCAACCCAAUUAAGGAAGGAACAGGCUGUGACAACAUGACCGCCAUCAUUGUCAUGUUGAAUAAUGCAGAAAAUUUGUGAAUGUACAAAUUUUUUCAUCUUGUUAGCAAAUUUUUUA